CGUUCUACCUGCUCCAUGGGGCAGCAGUGCCCUCUCUGCACUCACCACCACCAGGACUGAGCUGCUGGUAGAAGGACCCACCAUCCUACCCCUCACCAUGGCUCCAUGCCAGGAGGUCAACUUCUCGGAUCUUCUCUUAAACCUGAGCUCCAGCCCUGGCAGUAGCAGCAGUAGAAGUGGGCACAGCCUGACCCUCUCCGAGAAGUGGGUGGUAGGAGCAGCCUUGGCUUUCAUGAUCCUGAUCAUCGUCUUUGGAAACCUUCUGGUCAUCAUUGCCAUAGCCAAGACUCCAAGGUUGCAAACCAUGACCAACGUGUUCAUCACUUCCUUGGCUUGUGCUGACUUGAUCAUGGGAGUUCUGGUGGUGCCACCUGGUGCCACCAUCCUCAUCACCGGGGACUGGCUGUAUGACACCAUUGUGUGUGAGCUGUGGACCUCUGUGGAUGUCCUGUGUGUCACAGCCAGCAUAGAGACCUUGUGUGUCAUAGCUGUGGACAGAUACAUCGCCAUCACCUCCCCUUUAAAGUAUGAGAUGUUGGUGACCAAAGCCAGGGCAAGGCUGGUAGUCUGUUUUGUAUGGGCAGUAUCUGCCUUGAUCUCCUUCUUGCCCAUCAUGAACCACUGGUGGAGAGAUACCAAUAACCAAGUUGCCCAGGACUGUUACAAUGAUCCCAAAUGCUGUGAUUUUGUCACCAACAUGCCCUAUGCCAUCGUAUCGUCCACCAUCUCCUUCUACGUGCCCCUGGUCAUCAUGAUCUUCGUCUAUGGCAGGGUAUUUAUAGUGGCAUCCAAACAAGUCAACCUCAUAGAGAAGGACAAGGUGAGGUUCAACAAUGGGACACCAGUGCCUUCCACCAAAAACAGGAGGACUUCCAAAAGGAGACCCUCAGGGUUAUUGGCCAUCAAAGAGCACAAAGCCCUCAAGACUUUGGGUAUUAUCAUGGGCACCUUCACCCUCUGUUGGCUCCCCUUCUUUGUGGCCAACAUCAUCAAAGUCUUCUGCACUGCCUUAAUAGAUGCCCGCAUCUUCUUGUUCUUGAACUGGUUGGGCUAUGUCAACUCAGGACUAAACCCCAUCAUCUACUGUAGGAGUCCAGAUUUUAGGAAAGCCUUUAAGAAACUCUUGUGUUGCCCCAGGGCAGAAAGAAAGCUCCACGCUUUGUUCAAAGACCCUAAAAGGUGCCAGUAUGCUUCUAGCAACCUGAGCUGUGACGGGACCAAGCACUUGCCAGAUGCCGAAAUGGGCAAUGGAAGCCUUAGCAGUAGUAGUCGAUGUAGCAGCAGGACUGAGGAGACCAGCCUGAAGAACAGCCCUGGCAACUCCCACCUCCAUGACCAGCCUGACCUGUAAGCAGGGGUCAAGUCCUGGGAAGAAAGUGUAAGGAACUCGCCCACGAUUUUCACUCAAGGGCUGGUCCUGCAGGACUCCUGCUAAUGGGAACGAUGUUCCUGUGGUGGAAAAAGUGCAGGAACUCAGUUCCCAAUGCAUUCCUGCAGGACUUGAGAUCUGCCUGUAAGCCACUGAAUGGAGUCCUCACUCCAUUGAGUCCUCACUCUAUUGAGUCCCCACUCCAUUGAGCCCCCACUCCAUUGAGUCCUCACUCUAUUGAGUCCUCACUCUAUUGAGUCC